UUUUUCUUUUGUUUCUAUUCAAAUCUUCUCUUUUUCUUUAUCAUGUGUGGUAUCUUCGGUUAUUGUAACUUUCUCGUUGAACGCGAUCGUCGGUUUAUUUUGAAUACUCUAUUGAAUGGUCUUUCAAGAUUAGAAUAUCGUGGUUAUGAUUCUGCUGGAAUGUCGGUAGAUGGUGAUAAUGGUAUUCAGAUUUACAAAGAAGUUGGCAAGGUUUCUGCUCUUCGUGAACUUGUUGAAAGUCAAUCUAUUGAUUUUGAUAAAACCUUCAUUAGUCAUUCUGGCAUGGCACAUACCCGUUGGGCUACUCAUGGUAAACCUUCUCGUAUCAAUUCUCAUCCUCAUCGUUCUGGUAUCGAUAAUGAAUUUACAAUUAUUCAUAAUGGCAUCAUUACCAAUUACAAGGAAAUCAAGACCUUUUUACUCAAGAAAGAUAUCGUGUUUGAAACUGAAACUGAUACUGAAGUCGUGAUUAAACUCACAAAGUACUUGUAUGAUAGUCAAAAAGAUAUUAGUUUUACUGAUCUUGUCAAGGCAGUGGUGAAAGAAGUGGAAGGUGGAUUCUCUUUUAUCUUUAAAAGUUCUCGUUAUCCAGAUGAACUUGUGGCUACUCGUCGUGGAUCUCCUUUAUUGAUUGGUGUCAAGACUUCUCAAAAAUUAAAAGUGGAUUUUGUUGAUGUUGAAUUUAGUGAAGGAGCUGAAAGAGCUACUUUAAAUGAUCCAACUGGAACUGGGUUUGUUGAUGUUGCUUCUGGAACUACUGGUGCUCCUCAUUUGAAUCGUAGUAUGUCUCGUGCCUUUUUAAGCGAAGAUGGUUCUCCUCAACCUAUUGAAUAUUUCCUUGCUUCUGAUGCCUCUGCUAUUGUGGAACAUACCAAACGUGUAUUGUAUUUGGAAGAUGAUGAUAUUGCUCAUAUUGGUGCUGGUGAAUUACAUAUUCAUCGAUUACGUCGUGAAAAUGACAAUUCACCUAUUAGUCGUACUAUUGAAACAUUGGAAAUUGAAUUGGCAGAAAUCAUGAAAGGCUCAUUUGAUCAUUUUAUGCAAAAAGAAAUCUAUGAACAACCUGAAUCUGUAGUCAAUACUAUGCGUGGUCGUGUCAACUUUGAAGAUCACAAGAUUACUCUUGGUGGCCUCCGUGGUUAUUUAUCUACUAUUCGUCGUGCUCGUCGUAUUGUGUUUAUUGCUUGUGGUACUUCUUAUCAUAGUUGUCUUGCCACAAGGGCUGUUUUUGAAGAAUUGACGGAAAUCCCAACGCAAAUUGAAUUAGCUUCUGACUUUUUGGACCGACGAUCCCCUAUUUUCCGUGAUGAUGUAUGUGUGUUUGUAUCUCAAUCCGGUGAAACUGCUGAUACCAUUUUGGCCAUGCGUUACUGUUUGGAACGUGGUGCUUUGGCGGUGGGUAUUACGAAUACUGUUGGUUCCUCUAUUUCCCGUGAAACUCAUUGUGGUGUUCAUAUUAAUGCUGGGCCUGAAAUCGGUGUGGCUAGUACCAAGGCUUAUACUUCUCAAUAUAUUGCUCUUGUCAUGAUGGCUCUUCAACUUUCGGAAGAUAAAUUGUCCACCGAGAAUCGUCGUAAAGAGAUCAUUGAUGGAUUAUAUCUUUUACCUGGUCAUAUCAAGGAAGUGCUCGCAACUGCUGGUGAUUUACAACAACUUUCCAAAGAUACUCUAUCCAAGGAAAAGAGUCUUUUGAUCAUGGGUCGUGGAUAUCAAAAUGCUACUUGUUUGGAGGGUGCUCUGAAAAUCAAGGAAAUCUCUUAUAUGCACAGUGAAGGUAUUUUGGCUGGUGAACUUAAACAUGGUCCUUUGGCAUUGGUGGAUGAAAACAUGCCUGUGAUUUUGAUCAUGACUCAAGAUUCAUUAUAUCCUAAAGUACAAAGUGCUUUGCAACAAGUGUCAGCACGUAAAGGCCAACCCAUUAUCAUUUGCAAUACGGGUGAUGAUAAUUUGAUCAAUGAUUACAGAACCAUCAAGGUCCCCAAAACAGCUGAUUGUCUUCAAGGUUUGAUCAAUGUCGUUCCUUUACAACUUUUAUCUUAUUAUCUUGCAGUAUUGAAUGGUCAAGAUGUGGAUUUCCCAAGAAAUUUGGCCAAAAGUGUUACUGUGGAAUGAUUAAUAUCCACCCAACAUUCCCCUUUUAUCUAUAUCAAGAUGAUACUAGUAUUAGUUAUUAUUAUGUCUCAAUAAAUUUUUUUUUUUUUUUUUUU